GGAUCACUCUAUUUUUAAAUCUAUGUAUGAUAUGACCCAUAAAUGUCGUUUUAAUGAUUAAAUAACUUUAUAGAACGUAUUAUUCACAUAAAUAAUAUCAGUUGACCUCGCAUCAUACUCGUAGUGCGUUUGGGUGACCGCUGCGCGUUGCGACUUACUGUGUGCCAUGUGCCCUAUAUCUUAAAAACGCCUGAUUGCAUGAAAAAAUGUUUUAAACAUAAGUUGUCGUAACUUGUAUGCUCUACAAUUCACACCCGUAUAGAUGUAAAAUCCGAUAUCCGAUUUUUAUGACAUUUUACCUUGAAAAACUUCCGACGUGUAUGUUAACGAGAUUUUUGUGACUUUUACGAGAACCAUUAGAACGCCAUAAUGAAGGUGUAUACGAGUUUCCAGCUUAUUAUCUCUCAUAUCGAAGUGAAUCGCUUAAUUUGCCCGGCCUGGGUUAUUAAUAUAUCUAUUAAUAACUGUACGCAGUUAAGAUGCUUACCUAUUAAAUACGACCAAAAUGACAAGAAUAUAGACACACGACGUAAAUGUAUGGGCAAUAAGUUUGGGUAAGUACAAAUAUUUUUUUAUCUGUUUUAUAUAUUUUUUUUUGUAUAUUUGCACAUUCAGAAAAAAAAAUAUAGGUGCCUAUAUUGAAAAUUUUAUUUAGCCGAAAAAGGUUUAACUGAUUCAUGUCGGACUUAAAAUGUUGUACCUACUUAUUGAUUAUGAGCAGUAAUUUUACGUAAAGAACAUGAUUUUAUAAGGAUUUUUCAAUGUAGAAUCAAUAUAAUCUAGAACCAAGAUGGAUGCGAAACCGUUUUUAUUUUCCCAAGUGUCAUUAGCACAGAGUGCAUGUUGUUAAAUAAGGUGUAAAAAACAUUAGACUUAUGGGAUACAAAACAACUGUUGAACGCAUCUGCUCCACGCAAGGUUUAUUUAAGGGGAUGUGGCGACCCGCGGGCCACUCUCGCGCCAACCGCCGGUCGCGUCGCUCGCUCGUUCGAUCUCGUCGCGCUACUAAGAACAACCAACUUACGAUGGUGAAAAUGAAGUGCUUAACGAUAUGUGCGGCUUUGACUUUAACAUGUUGUAUGAUUGCCGUGGAUGCAGCUGAAUUUGACAUGAAGAAUGAAAUGAAGGCGAUGGCGGAACAGAUCGAGAUUUUGAAAACUUUGCACCUAACAGACGUUACGCGACUCAAGCGUGAAAUCGAUGAGCUGAAGGAAACGUCAUCGGCUCCCGCGACGGGUAGCCAGUUACAGAACGAGCAAACGACUCUCCAGUGGGCACGCGCGUCGCUGCAAGAGCUGCGCGGGCAACUGCGCGAGCUGCGCGCGCAGCUCGACAGCUCCGCGCUGCUGCGACAGCUGCACGUCAUGCGCAAUGAGCUGAAGCAAGCGUUAGUGGAGACGUCAGAUCUGGGGCAGUUGGCGCGCACGCAGGAGACUCGCGUGGACAAGCUGGACAGCGCGGUGGGCCGCCUGCAGUACGAGGCACGCCAGGCGCGCGACGCCAGGGCCGAGCACCGAGCGCUCAUCGCCUCCCUGUCCAAGGAGGUUAAAACUAAGCAGAUGGAGGAACUAAGCACUGCCAAUUACAACGACGUGUACGAUAUCCACGAAGUGAAAGAAGGCGAGCCGAAGCCGGCCCACAGCCACAAGUACCGGCACAACAAGAUGGUGCACGCGCAGAUCUCGCGCCUGGCGCGCAGCCAGGAUCAGCUCGACGAGUUCCAGCAGAGCCUGCAGACGCAGCUGCUCGACGUGCAGCGCCGCCUCGACCGCUUCGAGGAGCCCAACUGGAACCUUCUGUCUGCAAAAGUCGAAUUCCUCGAGAUGGACACUAAAAACCUCAGAGAUGAAUUGAAGAACAUCACUCAAAGCGUAUCCGAUUUCGACAAAGUACACGCAUCGAUGUUAGAAUUGCGUGAAGAUGUUGAAAGCAUCGAGAAUAAGGCUGAUAAAACUAUUCCGGAAUUCAGGAAAGAGAUUUCGAAACUGGAUAUAAGUUUUGCACAGCUUACCGCCCAGUCGUCGUAUCUUAAAGAAGACCAAGAGAACCUGCGACAGUCGGUGAAGGCGAUCGCCGUGAGCGUGAGCAACGCGGUAGACCGCGCCGAGCUCGACCGCGUGCUGAUCAAACGCAUCAAUGACUCCGUGGCGGACCUCACCACCAGAUCCAAGGAACAUUACUAUAGACUAAACGAUCACAUUCUUAAGAGUGAGGCCAGCCAUGACAUGAAUAUCACCGAUACCAUUACGCUGCCUGAACUGAUGGGAGAGGUCAAAGAGCUACAGCCCGUUCAACGAGAAUAUGAAGACUUAGUAAGCCAACUGCCAAAGGACUGUGCAAGUAUAUCCGGCCCGGCCGGCAUUUAUCUUAUCCGCCCUGGCAACACGCCUCUGGACACAUGGUGUGUUAACGGGAGCACUCUGUUGCAGCGACGAUACAACGGCUCGAUUGAAUUUAACAGAAAAUUCACAGAGUACGCCCACGGUUUCGGGGACCCGACUUCUGAAUAUUGGCUCGGACUUCAAUCCAUGCACCUACUGACAGCCGAUAAUUGUUCGUCCAUGAGGAUUGAUAUGACCGAUAUCUACGGAGGGGUCUGGUAUGCCCAAUACGAGCAUUUCUCGGUGGGAAGCGCCGAUACGGGUUACGUGUUGGAAGUGAGCGGGUUCAAGGGUAACGCGAGCGACGCCUUCGAGUACCAGAACCACAUGGAGUUCUCGGCCAUAGAUCGCGACCGCGACAUCUCGAACACUCACUGCGCCGGUAACUACGAAGGCGGCUGGUGGUUCUCGCACUGCCAGCAUGUCAACAUCAACGGCAAGUACACGUUGGGCCUCACGUGGUUCGACUCCUCGCGCAACGAGUGGAUCGCCGUCGCCUCGAGCGAGAUGCGGAUGUACCGCCGACCCGGCUGUACUUGAACACCCGAGUCGCCCCAAAACAUAAAUUAUAUUCAUAUUAUUGUUAGACUAGAAAGAAAUCGCCAAGGAUUGAUAUUGUUUAUAAUAUAAUAAUUUAAAUGUUACCAAAGAUAGCGCUAGUAGGAAAACAAUGGCACUUACUUAAUUUUCUCAUAUUCAUAUUCUUAUUUACUUUUACUGUAAGAAGGCUUGCUUAUACAUCUAGGUAGAUGUUUUCUUCGUAUUUGUAAACUUAAAGUAUGAUAGGUACAGUCACGUCUGAAAAUAUCGAUACGAAAAUUGUGCCAAACAUAUGUAUACACUACCUUAAUAUAUGGACAAUAAAGUUGUGUAUACAUAUUUUUGGCACUUUUUUCGUAUCGAUAUUUUCAGACAUGACCGUACAAAUUCUCAGUGGAGCGAUAUUGUUAUUAGCUUGAGGAUAUUGUUUAGUAAAAAUGGCAUAUUACGUAAGUACCAAACAAUCAUCCCUUAAUAGUAUCUAAAUAAAUUAAUGUCUAAUUUAAGAAAGUUAUUUAAAUAAUUUUAAGCCUCAUGUUAAUGCUGUCGCAUUUAUUAUUGAUGUAGGAUGUUCCAUAAAUUUGGAGGUUACCUGCCGAUUAAAAAUAGGUCAAAGCUCUAAGACCAUGGUUUUUCAUUAAACAUUGAUGAAUGUAUGUACACACGCAGGGUGUAUCGUACCGGUGCGAGGUACAGGGCCCACAGCAGAGGCAGUGCUAGUCGUGCGCUUUAUAGCACAUACAAAGAAAUACUAACAUCUGUGUUGUGCUAAAUUUUGUAGCCAAAUUUGAAACCUAAGGUAAAUUGCGCUGUACGACGCUAUAGGGAGCGUGCAUGAACGUAAAUGAGGCGUAAAUGUAAUGUUUAUCGUUCCGAUGUAGCCCACAAGAUGGCAGAACUUACUAUACACAAGAAAACACGUGACGUGUAAAUGUACAUGUUUAUGGUUCUGAUUCAGGCCACAAGAUGGCAGACCCUCCAACGCGCACGGUCCCUAUACGUUUGUAUGUAGUAACUGGAUAGUCAAUCGAUAGCGCUUGACGACUAAGUGGCACAUAGCGAGUACGAGCCGUACCAUAUUUGCACUACCUAUAUAAUCUUUAAUCCUCUUGGUACUUAAUGGUAUAUUUAUAGUGAGGACGUGUACUUGUCGUAAAGAAACCAAACUCGUUUUUUGGAGCACGGCUUGGUCUACUUGACCGGCAUCAUUUGUUUUAUUUUAUGUAAGUUAUUAUCAUAUCAAUCAGGCUUUAUUAUAUAUUAUAAAAACCACUAAAGUUGUUAUUCCAUUGUUCGUGUAACGCAUUUCAAGUAUUCAGCAGUUGUAGAUAAUUUAUAUAAUAUAUACCUAUACGAGUAGGUACUAUCAGGAAAGUUUAACUCGCACAUAGUGGCGUCGGUAGUAGAUGAUUAGUACCAGUCACUGAAAUUUCAAUGCAUUCCAUUAGUUGGUCGAUUUUAAGUAGUAGCGUAAUUACUAAAUAUACAUUUUGAUAGGUCCAAAGAUAUUGUAUACAUUUUUAAUGUAGGUAUUCUCGAAAUGGUA